AUGUCCAAACAUGGAGAUCAACGAGGCGAAGAGGAGGCUUCAUCGGACUGCGGCCAGCCUGAGCUACAGGAUAUCAUCGAUCAAAUUGGCAUGGGCCCAGCGCAAAUCUUCUGGGGAAUCCUGGGCGGUGGCGUUUGGCUGGCUGAUGGUGCUGAGCUGCUCUUGGUCAGUUCCGUGACGAGGUCUCUGCAGAAUGAAUGGCAUUUGACACCGUACAUGAAGGGUAUGAUUGUUUCAGCAGUGUACCUGGGAAUUCUCAUAGGCAAUUAUUCAAGCGGACCGUGCAGCCAGCGCUUUGGACGGCGGGAAAUGAUCGUCGCAUCGUAUUCUGGAAUUUUUCUCUGUGGAAUUCUGAGCUGUGCAAGUGCUUCUGCCUAUGAGUUUCUGGCCAUCAGAUUUCUUGGUGGCAUCUUCAUCGGCGUAGGCCAGCCCGCUUGGCUGGCGAUCAGCUCUGAAGUUACACCGGCGUAUUGGAAAGUCGCCAUGGCUGCUGCAUCACAGUCGCUUUUCGUCUUUGGAGAAAUGUAUGUGGCCUUUGUUAUCAUGAUGGACGACAUGACAAUGCAGGUGUUGCACUGGCGUUUGCUUCUACGUUUUGGGGCGCUGCCGUCACUGUGUCUCGCCACGAUCAGUAUGGCAUACCUCAAUGAGUCACCGGUCUUCCUGGCGAUGCAAGGCCGCAUCAAGGAAGCCCGAUCCGUGGUUGAAUCCAUGGCAAGGCAAAACCAGUCCAUGCCUACGCAGCUGAGUUUUCGACAGCCGCGCCGACAUAUGGGUGCAGCUGACGCAUCCCUCCUGAGCCAGAUGCGCAGACAAAUGUCUGUGGUCUUUCACAUUACAUACUUAGUUCCUACCACGGUCCUCAUUUAUACGUGCUUUACCCUGAACUUGACCUACUUCGGCUGCCUCUUCGCCUUCCCACAGGUCCUUCCGGCGCUGAUGCACGGUCAAGCUGCGUCAGAGCUGCUUGUCGGCGCACUCUGGGAGUUGCCUGGUCUCGCACUAGGCCUACUUCUGGGCAUAUCUGCAACCAGGCGGACUGCCCUAAAAUUCUACCUCUCAGCUCUGUCCUGCUUCCUGCUGUGCUUCAUCAUUGGAGUCCACUACGGGGAGUCCAAACUGCUGAAAGCCAUGCUGCUGGUGGGAUACUAUGGUGUCAAAUGUGUACCCAACAUUGGCUUCAUCGUAGCCUACCAGAUGUCUGCAGAGCUCUAUCCUACAGAGGCACGAACCAUGGGCUCAGCGCUGUGUCUAGCAGGGGGAAGGCUCGCAGCUAUGCUGGCUCCCAUGGUUUACGAAUGUGUCGUGACCUGGACGGGCGGAUUCCUGCCCUUUUUCUUGGCAAUGGCAACUAUGUGCGUCAGCAACUUGUAUUUGGUUGACCUGCUGCCAGAGACGUCAACGCUGAGACAUGACGAGGUGUCGAAGGAUGACGGCGCCCUGGCCCAGGAUCCUGAGAAGGGUGUCCAUGUGGUCUGA